CAAUGAUAAUGAUAUUUUAAUUAAUGAUAAUACUUUGUAAAGAAAAUGUGAAGCUUGCUUUCGAUUCAUUUUAAAACAAAGGAAGCAAUAUGCUAACGGUUUUAUUCACAACCAGCGCUCGAGCGGGAACGUUGUGUACAACGCGAAUUUGUUUAAAACAAAACGAUGUUGGGCACACUUUACGAUUUUCUCACAAAGCCCACUGAAGUGAAGGAGGCUUAUGACUACCUGCCAUUUCAUGGUGCCAUUUUGCCGAUUAUAAUUGUGAAUGUCUUCUUUGUCGUGUUCGCCUUCCGACUUGGACCAUGGCUGAUGCGAAACCGCGAGCCUUUCAAUCUCAAGCGCGUUCUUAUAGCAUAUAAUGUAUGUCAAAUUAUAUAUAACGGAAUAAUGACGAUUCUGGGUGUAAUCUUACUAUCGGAGUAUAUUGCAGACUUUGGUGGAAUAUCCUGCAUCCGGCAUUGGGGUAUCGAUCACCCGAUGAAAAAAUUUGAAAUAUUUUGCGGACUAUUAUACCUCAGCAACAAGUUUAUCGAUUAUUUGGAAACGUUGUUUUUCAUACUGCGGAAAAGCUAUAAACAAGUAACGGUCCUGCACGUCUACCACCACAUAAUGAUGACGACCUUCAUAUACCUCCACACAGUUUCGCAAGGUCUCGGCGGCCAUGGAAGCACAAUUGCCAUACUCAACGCAUUCGUCCACGUCGUAAUGUAUGUUUAUUAUCUGCUGAGCUCCAUCGAUCCGGAACGCAAGAAAUCGUUGUGGUGGAAAAAGUAUAUCACACAAAUGCAGCUGGCACAAUUCGUAGUUGACUUCAUCCAUCAAAGUUGGCCACUAGUGGUAAUGCGUGACUGUCCCGUUUCUAAGAUUUGGCAAAUCAUAGCGGUAACACAGGCAGUGGUUAUGAUGUGGAUGUUUGGCAACUUUUACUAUAAGACCUACAUUAGAAAGCCGAAGGACAAGAAGGAGACUGGAAAGCAAUCAUGAAUGCGUUGUCCCAACUGGGUCAAACUCAGAUGUUGGUUUACCGACACUACAAUGCCUUGUAAUUAUUGGAUUUUUUGUGAUAUUGCAAUUAAUUAUAUUUUUAAAAGAAAUUAUUAAAAUUUUAUAGAGAAGAUUAAGGUGUUCCAAAUCCUUGCCACAUACUUAAAUGUCAGUAUCUAGCUCUGUACAAAAUCUCUCGAAGUCAGCUGGACGUUGUUCGCUUCUAC